AUGGCCGACGAGAAUCCGCCCAACGCGACGUUCGUACAUUGCACUGCGUACGAACCAGCGCGAGCGCCCGCCGAGACACUGACCACGCCACUAGACUCUACGUGCAGAACCUGAACGAGAAGGUCAAGAUCCCCGAGCUGUGCGACUCCCUGCGCGAUGUCUUUGGCGACUUUGGCAACAUCAUCGACGUGGUCGCCAAGAAGAGUCUGCGCCGGCGCGGCCAGGCCUUCAUCGUGUUCGAGAGCGCCGGGGAGGCGCAGGAGGCCAUGGAGACGCUGAGCGGGUUCGAGCUGCACGAUAAGCCCAUGACGAUUCACUUUGCCAAGACGCGGAGCGAUGCGACCGUGAAGAGGGAGGACGACGAGGCGGCCUACGAGGCGCACGUCAAUCAUCGGAAAGCGGAGAAGGGUGAGGCACACAUAUACACAUACAUCUGAGUAUCAGACGAAAGGAUCGGACUAAUGAUGUGUAUAUGCAGAGCGCAAGCAGGCCCUCGAAGCGGAGAAGGCGUCGAAGCGCACCGCGCCCGAGACGCUCGCCGAUCGCCCCGCCAAGUCGACCAAAGCGGGCGCCUCCAGCAUCGUCGACGACUACCUCCCGCCCAACAAGAUCCUGCUCAUCCGCGACUUCCCCUCCGAGUACGGCAGCACCGAGCUCACCUCCCUCUUCCAGCGCUACGACGGCUUCAAGGAGGUGCGCAUUGCUCCCAUUCCCGGAGUCGCUUUCGUGGAGUAUCAGGACGAGACGGGCGCGAUUGCGGCCAAGGAGGGUCUCAAUGGCGCGAAGCUGGGCGACGCACCGGGACCGAUGAAGGUCACUUUCCAGCGGCAGUAA